AAGAACCCGCUUAGGGACCGGGGAGUGGGAGGCUCGGCGGUGGUUAGGAAGAGACCAGCCGAAGCAGCCCUUGUUUGGACGCGUCACUGCCCCGAGGCAGAGUCGUGAAUGUGAUGGGUUUGGGGAGCGGUACUCGACGCCGGCCGGAGGCAGCUGCGACAGGGAUCGGGUAGGGCCGCCUCGCGUGGAGGAACUGGCGAGCUCCUUGCUCCCAGCCUCUGAAAAAGACGAAAGACGACCUCUAGGGGGCGGCGCAGAUUCAGGAAACCCUCGGAAAAUAAAAGACUUCUCUCUCUGAGCCAGCGGAGCAAGUUUGCUCUUAUCCUGUCAGCUGUCAGGAUUUAAGUACCAGCUUUCCUUUGCAAGAGGUACUUUCGAAGUGGUGGACUGAAACUUUAUUCAGCUGAGAAAUCUGUAACUCUUCUAUGGAGAUGCGCGCACACACACACACAGAGCCUUUUCAUUAGCCACUGUUACAAAUGCAUACUAUGAACGCUGAAUUAAAACGGACUUCUUAAAGUCUUUAGAAGAAGGACUAAAUGCAACGGGGGCAGAUUGCCUGUGGGAAUGAAGUGGUUGGGAGAAUCCAAGAACAUGGUGGUGAAUGUCCGGAGAAACGGAAGCAGGUUAUCUAAUGAUCACCAUCAGAACCAGUCCAAAUUACUGCACCCUGGAAAGGAGAAUCCAAAGACUGGCAAAAAUGGAGUUGAGAGACGAUCAAGCAGAUGUAGUGGUGGUUCAGGAUUUGAGGGCCAAAGUCGCUAUGUGCCUUCUUCUGGAAUGUCUGCCAAGGAGCUCUGUGAGAAUGAUGACCUAGCAACUAGUUUGGUUCUUGAUCCAUAUUUAGGGUUUCAAACACAUAAAAUGAACACUAGGUUUAGACCAAUAAAAGGGAGGCAAGAAGAACUGAAAGAAGUCAUUGAGCGUUUUAAAAAAGAUGAGCACUUGGAAAAAGCCUUUAAGUCUUUGACGUCAGGUGACUGGGCCCGGCACUAUUUUCUUAACAAGAACAAAAUGCAGGAAAGGUUGUUCAAGGAACAUGUAUUUAUUUAUCUACGAAUGUUUGCAACUGACAGUGGAUUUGAAAUAUUGCCAUGCAACCGCUAUUCAUCAGAGCAAAAUGGAGCCAAAAUUGUUGCAACAAAAGAGUGGAAACGAAAUGACAAAAUAGAAUUACUGGUGGGUUGUAUUGCUGAACUCUCUGAACUAGAAGAAAACAUGCUGCUCAGACAUGGAGAGAAUGACUUUAGUGUCAUGUACUCAACACGGAAAAACUGUGCUCAGCUGUGGCUUGGUCCAGCUGCAUUCAUCAACCAUGAUUGCAGACCCAAUUGUAAGUUUGUGUCAACUGGCCGGGAUACAGCAUGUGUGAAAGCUCUGCGAGAUAUUGAACCUGGAGAAGAAAUAUCUUGUUACUAUGGGGAUGGGUUUUUUGGAGAAAAUAAUGAAUUCUGUGAAUGCUACACGUGUGAAAGACGUGGAACUGGUGCUUUUAAAUCAAGAGUGGGACUGCCUGCACCUACUCCGGUGAUCAAUAGCAAAUACGGACUCAGAGAAACAGAUAAACGUUUGAAUAGGCUUAAAAAGUUGGGUGACAGCAGCAAAAAUUCAGACAGCCAGUCUGUCAGCUCUAACACUGAUGCAGAUACCACUCAGGAAAAAGCUAAUGCAACUAACCGCAAAUCUUCAAUUGGUAUAAAAAAGAACAGCAAGAAUAGAACAUUAACAAGGCAGUCUAUUUCAAGAAUUCCAGCUUCAUCAAAUUCUACCUCAUCCAAACUAACUCAUCUGAAUAAUUCCAGGGUACCAAAGAGACUGAAAAAGCCUGCAAAGCCUUUACUUUCAAAGAUAAAGUUGCGAAAUCAGUGCAAAAGGCCAGAGCAGAAAAAUGCAUCGAGAAAACUCGAAAUGGGAAACUUGGUUCUCAAAGAGCCCAAAAUAGUCUUGUAUAAAAACUUAUCCAUUAAGAAGGAAAAAGAAACUGAGGGACCAUUGAAAGUUGCAGUUUCUAGUGGCUGCUUAACAAGGCAUGCAGCACGAGAAUGCAAACUCAAUUCUGUGAAAGGUGCUCAUGAACCUGGGGAAGUAUCACCCUGUACAUAUAUCACAAGGAGGUCAAUGAGAACGAGGAUGAAUCUGCCGGAGACCUCUGACUUAAAGCUUGAACCAAAUAUGCUGAAUAGCUAUAAAAACAACUUGACUAGCAUGCGAACCAAUAGCUUGGAGCAGCAAUCUCAUGUGAUGCACGAGAGUGAACAGGCUCUUGUGACACAUAAGGAAGAGGGUAGGUGUCGGAAGAAUGACAGGGUUAUGGCCAAAAAGAAAUCUCGACAAGGAAGACUUAUGAAGCCAUCUGCAAAAAUGGAGGAAACUGAUCCUGCACAUAACUUGCCUGACAAAGACAAAGUGCCAGAUUUGAUCAGUUCGCAUUCUGAUUUAGGGGAGAUGAACAACGUAGUGGAGUCAGCCAUUGGAUAUCAAGACUGUAUUCCUGCAUCUGGUGGCUGCUCCAUUGUGACUUCGGACACUUUCAAAGCAAAAGACCGCUUUAGAACUGCAAAAAGUAAAAAGAAAAGGCGAAUCACAAGGUAUGAUGCACAACUAAUUCUUGAAAACAGCUCUGGGAUUCCCAAACUGACUCUGCGGAGGAGGCAUGAUAGCAGUAGCAAGACAAAUGACCAAGAAAAUGAUGGAAUGAAUUCUUCAAAAAUAAGCAUCAAACUAAGUAAAGACCAUGAGAAAGAUAAUAACUUAUAUGUAGCAAAGCUUAAUAAUGGGUUUAACUCAGGAUCAAGUAAUAGCUCGACAAAAUUAAAAAUACAGCUAAAACGAGAAGAAGAAAAUAGGGGGACAUACUCAGAUGACCUCCAUGAGAAUGGGGUUUGUUGUAGCGAUCCUCUUUCUUUGUUAGAGUCACAAAUGGAAGUGGAUGAUUAUAGUCAAUAUGAAGAAGAAACUGUAGAUGAAUCUUCAUCUGCAGAUGAGGAGGAGGAGGAAGAGGAAGAGGAAGAGGAGGAAUAUGAGGAUGAUUUUGAAGAUGACUUUAUUCCUCUGCCUCCAGCUAAGCGAUUAAGGCUUAUAGUUGGAAAGGAUUCAAUAGACAUUGACAUUUCUUCCAGGAGGAGAGAAGAUCAGUCUUUAAGGCUCAAUGCAUAAGCUUACAGGUCUUAAACUGAACAGGAAGUCCAUUUUUUAAGCAAAAUUCCAGUCAAUUAUUCCUCAACUGAUGAACUUUCUGAAAAUGUUAGUGGAAGCACUUCUUUAUUGUUUAUUCACUUAUAUCAACAUAAUAUUGUAGAAAGUGUACAGCAUACUGACUCCUUAAGUCAUUUGUGCAGAUUUUUAUUGUACUUUUUAAUAGCCUUCUUAUGUGCAAUUCUGAGUUAGAGAAAAUGCUCUAUUGUAAAAUAAAGGCUCAAGCAAAAUUACAGAAUGCCAUCAAAUUUUUCCAUGCAGGAUAAUUAAAAUCACAAUAAUGUGACUACACAAUUAUUUUUAAUCUGUGAGAGCAUUACUUUGCUCUUGUAUCUGACUAAACAAUAAUCUAAAAAAAUAAAUAAAUCAUAGUAGCAACAUAUUAAGGUUUAUAGUAUGUUAAUAUCACCAGCAAUGAACUACAGCUUUUCAGUUUAUUUGCUAGAUGUUUUCCCCCUUGGAGUUUGUCAGUUUUAACACUGUAUGCUGUCCCCAGACGUACUGUUUGUGGCCUUUGUUAUAAUAGCAAACCGUUGGUUAGAAGUCAAAUUGAUUUCUUUAACAAACAAACAAAAAGGGUGUUGACAGUUUGCUGACUUUUAGUACAUUAUAUGUACAAGGGUAGCAGUAUGCAGAAUACAAGUUUGGAUAUGGUGUAUUUAUUUCUUGUUAUGUAAAUUAAAACACCUUGUAUUUAACACUUUUUCAAUACUUUUAGAUAAAAUUGUUCUUUGCAAGAAUGAUUGGUGCUUAUUUUUUCAAGAACUUGCUGUGAAACAAUGUGAUUACAACAGGCAACAUUUAUCCAAUGAACUGCAGCUAUCCUAAUUGGAUCCUCAUAGUUUUCUGUUGCACUUGUAAAAUGCUACAAGGAAUUUAAAGAAACUUAUUCACUUUAACUUAUGAUAGUUUUAUGAAACUUAAAAGAAAAAUCUAAGUCACAGCUUUUGUUCUGUGGUAAUCUAUAAAAAUGUUUGUCUUUUGAGAUCCAGUGUAAAAAGACUGAAAAAAAAUGUAUAUGUUGUAAAUAUUUGUGUGUUGUGCGAAAUUUUGUCAUAAAAAAAUUGAUAACUUACCAGAAGGGUUUUUAAGUUUAGAAAUACAUUCAUGCCAAUAAAUAGGAAACUAUAAACCUAGUUUUAAACUCUGAUCAGUUGACUCCCCCCCCCACCUUUUCUUUUUGGAUUUAGUUUGCAUUUUGAGAUUUCAGGAAUUUCUUUCUGUAUGCACUUUUAAAAAGAAGCUUCAUAUUUUUAGAGCUAGAAUGAAAAAAAUUGGUGAAGAAGUAGGUUUUCUAAGGCUAUGAAAUUAACCAUUAAUUUGAACAACAUUUCAAAGUUAGCAGAAAUUGAUAUAAUCUGAGCUGCUAAUCUGUAUGCAAUUUUGUGCACAGAAUUUCAGCAGAAUCUUAUAAGACACAGAAUUCUUGAGAAGUUUAGCCUGCUUUCUACAAGUGUUUAGUCCACAUCCCUGUGGAUAUAUGUUUACAGGUAGGUUUCUCUAAUUAAAAGAUCUGUGUGCAUUGACAUAUACAGAUUGGCACCUCCAUUGAGCUGUUGGGAACAGGGCAAUUAGAUCCACACAUUGGACCUUCCAUGACCACAAGAAGUUAGUGAAUUGGAACAAGAGUCUGUAGAAGGCUGUAAUAAAUAGUGACCAGAGUUUCCAUGCAUGGCUACCUGUUCUCCUCUCAUUGCUUCCAAUCAUGGUCCCUUUUCUAUACAUCUCAAAUCAGACUUGUAGUCAGCCUAAAUCUUUUGGGAGAGGCUGAGAAAAAAAGGAGGGGUCCGUUUAUUUGGCCCCCAUCAGUCCUAAGUGCAAACAACAUUCAAUUAUUUAAAAAAUUGUUUGUACAAAGUUUAAGGGAGCAGAGAAAUUGGGGUGGGGCAGGCCUGCCAUAGCCCCUCCAGCUACAAGUCUGUCUCUAAUUCCCAUUUAUUACCUAUUGUACUACUUCUUGCCCAAAAUGUCAAAAUCAAACCCAAGUAUCUAAAAUAGUGUCAACAUUAUAAAUUUUGGACUUUUACAUGCAUAUUUAGGAUGCAAUUGGGGUAUAGUCUUUUUUCCCUGAGAAACUUCUUGAAUUCUUUUUUUUAAUUCUAACACAGUUUUGUAAUCAGCUGUGACUAGAUUUUUAUGUUACCUUGGUGUUAUGAGAGCAACAGCAGUGCCACUGUUUCCUGUACCACUUGGGUAACAUCAGAAACCCAGGAUUAUGCUGAGGAGACCAUGUUGUGAAGAGGAGCUACACAUGGGCUUUCCUCCAUAGUUUGCUGGGUUAACACAAGAAACCCCAGUGUGGAAAGGAGCAGCAUUUCUCUAGCUCCCAUGCUGCUGAGCUAAUGUGAGAACCUACUCUGGAUGGAGAUUUCAAAAGACGUUAUUGGUUGAGUGCUCUGAGAGAUGCAAGUAGUUAUACAAACUUAGAGGGUCUGCCUGAGCCUUUUCUGCAGAAAAGUACUGAAGCUAUACAAUAUGUUCUUGUGAAGCACAAUUGCUAACUGUAAAGAAGAGCUAUACCUUAAGAGCAUCUUUCUUUCCAGAUAUCAAAAACAUACCAGUAGCACCCUUUUCUAAAUAAGGAACUGCCCUUGGCCAAUUUUGUGCCAUCCAAAAGUAUGUGAGUUUACUUAAAUGAGCUUAGGCACAAACUGAGCACAGCUACUGUCCUAGAUGAAUUGAAAGAUGAAUUGUUUUUGGUUGUCCCAGCAGCAGCUCUUUGUAUUGGGGGUGAAGCUGGUUUGAUGAUGUUGGGAACUUACAGCUCACACAAAACUGUCAAUAUUGUAAUAGCAAAGUUUGGGUUUUGGCUUGAAAACAGAGGAUUGUGUCCCUUGAGUUGGGGUGACAGGGCUGGGUUUUUGUUGAAAUUUUAUUUCAAGUUGUCCACACUUCAGUUAUCUUCUAUCAAAUGUGUCUCAGUUCUAGUAAAAAUAGGAUUAUGGUACUGAAAUUAGUUUCUGGCACUUUUUUUUCUUAUGCUGUCACAGGCAUCUUUCAAAUGCAAUAAUAAUUGAAUUAGAUAUUUGUAAUAUUGAUGACGGGUAGAUCUCUUUUGAUAUUGAUGAUGUUAAAAGGAUUGUCUUCAGCUUUGACAUUAAGCUAUUGGUAUUAAAUAGCUCUAACCCUUGCUCCGAGCUGUAUCCAGUAUAUAAAAUGGAAACUUCAAAAUGUGUUUCAAGUGAAUUAGUGUACAUAGUAAUCAAUUUUCAUUUGUGCCAAAAUUAAUUUGAAAUAAAUGGGACCAAAGGGGAAAUUUGGAAUUUUAAACUCAUUAAAUACUGAGCUGGCUCUGAACAAGCUUUUUUUCACCUG